UGUGCGCGCCUCCGCCUGGUCUAUAUAAUCGGCCGGCUAUCAAUUUCUGACAGCAUUCUUGCUCUCGCGCGUGCUGCGUCACGCGCUUUCAUCAUCACUCUUCACUUUUCAACACACCUACCUAAUUGAAUUUCCCUACUUCUAUUUUUAUUCACGGUAUCUAGCAGCAAUAAACUUGAAAAAUGGCGUAUCUACAAUCAAUGCCCAAAUCUGAAACGAUCAGGCUCCGUGAAAAACAUAUUGGGGCCGCUUGCCAGUUGUUCUUCCGUUCGUCCCCGCUGAAGAUUGUUCGGGGAAUUGCACAAUUUAUGUACGAUGAGACGGGCGAGCGUUACCUCGACUGUAUCAAUAAUGUCGCCCAUGUCGGGCACUGCCACCCACAUGUGGUCGAAGCGGGCAGGAAUCAAAUGUCCCUCAUAUCCACCAACAACAGAUAUCUUCACGACGAGAUGGUGGUCUUAGCCGAGAGGUUGACAAAGACCAUGCCGGACCCUCUCUCAGUCUGCUUCUUCGUCAACUCAGGCUCUGAGGCCAAUGACCUCGCCCUCAGAUUAGCCAGAGUCCAUACAAAUAAAAAAGAUGUCAUAACACUCGACCACGCGUAUCAUGGCCAUCUUACGACCAUGAUUGAUGUGUCUCCCUACAAACUGAACCUACCCGGAGGGCCAGACAAGCCAGAGUGGGUUCAUGUGGCUCCCGUUCCGGACGUGUACCGAGGGAAAUACACAUAUCCUAAAGACGCUCAAUCAGAAGAGGAUUUAGGGGCACUAUACGCAGACGAAGUAGGGAAACUGUGCAGGGAGGUUACCGAGAAAAAUGGCGGCGUAUGUGCCUUCAUAUCAGAGAGCCUGCAGAGCUGCGGCGGCCAGAUUAUACCGCCCGAUGGAUAUCUCAAGCGGGUUUAUGAGCUAGUCCGGGAAGCAUCAGGCGUAUGCAUUGCUGACGAAGUCCAAGUUGGUUUCGGUCGUGUGGGCACCCACAUGUGGGCCUUCGAGACCCAAGACGUGGUCCCUGAUAUCGUCACCAUCGGGAAGCCCAUGGGGAAUGGCCACCCUGUCGCCGCGGUGGUCACCACCGCUGAAAUAGCCAAGAGUUUUGCAGACACGGGCGUAGAAUACUUUAACACGUACGGCGGCAAUCCUGUCUCCUGCGCCAUAGCCAAUGCAGUUUUGGACGUGAUAGAAGAAGAGAAUCUUCUAGAACGGGCUGCUCGCGUCGGAAACCACCUAAUAUCUCGUUGUGAAGAUCUGAAGAUGCGGCAUCGGCUGGUUGGAGAUGUGAGGGGCAGGGGAUUGUUCGUGGGAGUUGAACUUGUAACUGACAGGGAAGCAAGGACGCCUGCUACGGCUGAAGCGAAACACAUUAUCAAUAGGAUGAGAGAAGAAAAGAUCCUGAUCAGCCGAGACGGGCCUGACAGCAACGUGCUGAAAUUCAAGCCGCCCAUGGUGUUCAGCACCCAAGACGCAGACCGCCUGGUGGAUACCCUGGACAGGGUGCUGACGGAGCUGGACGGGGGCAGGGUGCCUCUCUCCAACCUUAAACUUGAGGUGCUGGUCACUCCUAUAAGCGAUGAUGAAUCAACUAGCGAUGAGGUGCUGAAAUCCAACAUACAGUCUAUCAAGAGCUCGUGACAGACCAAUUCUGUACACCAUUGAGUAUUAUCGAAUAUUUCUGUAAAUAUAGUGUAAGAAUUGUAAUGUAAAUAUUAUACUGUUAUGCUACCUAUAGGUUAAGCAGUGAAAAUCAUAGGCAUUCAUU